AUGUCUUCCCUCAGGAUCCUCCACAACCUCUGGAUCAACAAUGUCCACUUCACUUGCUGGUGGCUUGAUCCAGAUGUGGCAUCCGUCUAUUGCACCAGCCACCAUGCAAAAAGCUGGAGACCCAGCCAGCUGGGCAAAACCUGCCCCCACUUCCUCCAGGUCGUUCAGGGUCGGGAAAGUGAUCACCCUCCUCAAAAUACUGACGACUUCCCUGCUGAUUCUGUGCACAAUGUCAUGCACUGUAGACUUUGGGAUGUCAAAGUAGAGCUUAGAUUCUCUGCCCGACCCGACCCGCGGGCCGGGCCGGGACGAUAUUUUCCGCCACCGUCCUCGGGCCGGGCCCUUGAUAAAGCACAGGUGAUUGAAGAAAACGAGGAGAAAGAAGAACUGAGUGAAGUUGAGGAGAAAAAUCAUGUCAAAACUGGAGAAAAACCCUCGAGUUGUUCUCACAACAAACAGAAAAAUGUAAAGAAAAUAAAAGCCUAUAAAUCUUUCACCUGCACUCAGUGUGGAAUGAGUUUGACGAGCAAAUAUCAUUUUUAUGUUCACAUGAGAGUUCAUACUGGAGAGAAACCGCACACAUGUAAUCAAUGCGGGAAGAGUUUCUCAAUAUCAUCACACCUUAAAGAUCACAUAAGCAUCCACACUGGAGAAAAACCUUAUAAGUGUUCACACUGUGGCAAGAGAUUCAAUCGGUCAGGACACCUUAAAAGACACGAGAGGAUCCACACUGGAGAGAAACCACACACUUGUGAUCAAUGCGGGAAGAGUUUCACACUAAAAGGACACCUUAAAGUGCAUAUGACAGUUCAUACUGGAGAAAAACCACACACUUGUGAUCAGUGUGGGAACAGUUUCAAACGAUCAUCACAGCUUAAGCAACAUAUGAAUUUCCACAUUAGAGAGAAACUGUACACAUGUGAUCAAUGCAGUAAAAUGUAUUUGAGGGCUCCAGACCUGAAGCAGCACAUGAAAGUUCAUACAAAGGUUAAGCCACAUUCAUGUAAUUUUUGUGGAAAGAGUUUUUCAUCGAGCACUUUAAAACUGCACCAGAGGAUCCACUCUGGAGAGAAACCUUACAAGUGUUCACACUGUGACAAGAGAUUCAGUAAAUCAUCAAGUCUGAAAACACAUGAGAGGCUCCACACUGGAGAGAAACCACACACUUGUGAUCAGUGUGGGAAGAGUUACACACUAAAAGGACACCUUAAAGUGCAUAUGACAGUUCAUACUGGAGAAAAACCACACACUUGUGAUCAGUGUGGGAACAGUUUCAAACGAUCAUCACAGCUUAAGCAACAUAUGAAUUUCCACAUUAGAGAGAAACUGUAA